AUGGUCUCCACUAUUCAAAUCAAGUCCAAUGCUCUUCAAAGACUUCUGAAGGAUAAGAAACUGUACAAGGAAGAACUCAGGGAACACGAGGACACGGUGGCUGAUUUACAAGGCAAUUUGAAAACUGACGAGAGUAACGAGGAACUCCAAUACACACUCAAAAAUGCCAUCAAAAUAAAGGAGGAGACACAAAGAUUAAUACUCAAUGUGAACGGAAAGGUUAGGGAGGUUUUGCAGGACCUGAAAGAGUACGUCGGUUCUCAUCCCGGCGAGAGCUCAGACACUAUCAAGAAGUUGAUAGUUGAAGCUGACAAAGAGGCCAGGCUGUAA